GUCUCUGUGAAGUCCUAAUCCUUCACGCCGUACCACCAUGUCCUCCCUUCGCUCUCGCAGCCCCGAAGCAUUGUACCACGCUAUCCCUCAAGUACCGCUGGCGUCGCAUCCAGUACUGCCUGCAGAGUCAGGCUUUGAAAUGGAGGACGAAGGAGACCCAGAUGCUGCACACGAGUUAGCACAUCCUCAUUUCACACAUGUGGAUGCCCGCGUGCGCUGGAUAUUUUUCAUUCUGGGCUGCGCGGUGCUGCUGCCUUGGAAUGUAAUGAUAACUGCCACGCCUUAUUUCAUGGCGAGGCUGUCUACGUCAUCAAUCAAGGCCACAUUCAGCUCAUACCUCUCCACAUCGUUCACCGCAUCCAACUCAAUCUUCCUGGCUCAUGCUACGGCAACAUCAAAGAAGAACGCCCCUUCGCGUCAAAUCAUGGUAUCGCUUCUGUGCCUAUCAACCCUGACAUCUCUCCUCACAUUCAGCACGUAUAUACAUACAACUGCUGGCUUUUUCUUCGCCUUUGUGUUGCUCAACGGCAUUGCUCAAGCGGCCUUUGGUUCAUACCUGCAAACUUCAUGUAUAGCGAUUGCGUCACUUUUUGGCCCUACCGCCGUGCAGCCUAUGAUGUCGGGGCAGGCUGGUGUCGCCGUGGUGGUUAGCGGUGUGCAGGUAUUGAGUGCACUUGCUUCAGUCCGAAGAGACUCGGAGGCUAAGGUGUCGAGUGUGCCCACUGGAGGUCACGGAGAAGCAGAGGAACGAUCCGCAUUUGUAUUCUUUGGCCUGUCAACAUUGUUCCUUCUUGCAAGUGUCUGCGCCCAAGUUUGGCUAACGAACAUGCCUGUUUACAAGACGGUUGCCGGCUCACUAGAGGCACGCGCCAAGACGGAUGCCGACGAAAUAGAUGGUGAGGAGGCACAGGGUCUAGUAUCCCGAGGACGUCAAGACGCGUCGGAGGGGAAUCGAAAGAUACUCAGAAUCGCAAAGGCAAAUAUGAUUUAUGAAGUGGCCGUUGCUUAUGUUUUUGUCGUCACUCUCGCUGUUUUCCCUCCCAUAACUACGUCCGUCGCACCCACCAAUCCGUCAAUGCAUCCUCUUCUUUUUAGCGCAAUCCACUUUUUCGUCUUCGGCGUAGGUGACUUCUGUGGACGAUAUGUCUGCUCUUUCCCCCGACUACUGACCUGGUCCGCCAAACGACUUCUUACGUUUUCUUUCGCCCGCACUCUGUUUGUGCCUCUGUUCCUCAUGUGCAACGUCCAGCGUCCAUCGUCGUCCGCUUAUACCCCAAUAAUAAAUUCGGACUUUAUCUUUAUGCUGAUAUUAUUCCUUUUCGCACUUUCGAAUGGCUACGUGUCAAGUAUGUGCAUGAUGUCUGCACCUUCUCUCGAGAACAACGAUAGAUUGAAGACGAGGGAGGAUAUAGAUGUGGCGGCUACGGUGGCGAAUUUCUGCCUGAUCCUAGGGCUUGCGGUUGGGAGUAUAAUGAGUUUUGCUGUAAGAGGAGCUGUCUGCCACUGUAAUCCAUUUACAUCGUAAUCCACCCAAGCUACGCAAAAUCCUUAAAUUUCAUUAGCCCUUUUCGAUCGAUGGUACACCAUCCAUAUUCAUUCGCAGUUCGUAGAACGAACGAUUUCCUGAUGGAAGAGAGCUUCCGACGAACCCUGAUUAACGCUACUCCG